AUGGGGCUGAUCGAAGAGCAUGGAGAGGGGCAGCCCAAGCAUGAAGGUGGCCGAGGGGACGAGUCUCCUGGGGAGAAGGAGGACCUGCAGCAGAGAAGCGGGCAACCAGAGUUUCCCUCCUGGCAAAAGAUGCCAUUCCACCAUGUAACAGCUGGCUUGUUGUACAAAGGCAACUACCUGAACCGCUCACUCUCCGCUGGCAGUGACAGCGAACAGCUAGCGAAUAUCUCCGUGGAGGAACUGGAUGAAAUCCGUGAAGCUUUCCGCGUGCUGGACAGGGAUGGGAAUGGCUUUAUAUCCAAGCAGGAGCUGGGCAUGGCAAUGCGUUCCUUGGGAUACAUGCCCAGUGAGGUGGAGCUGGCGAUUAUCAUGCAACGCCUUGACAUGGAUGGGGAUGGCCAGGUUGAUUUUGAUGAAUUUAUGACUAUUCUGGGACCUAAGCUGGUAUCAUCGGAAGGCAGAGAUGGCUUUCUGGGAAAUACAAUAGACAGCAUAUUCUGGCAGUUCGACAUGCAGAGGAUAACACUGGAAGAGCUGAAACACAUCCUCUACCACGCCUUCCGGGACCACUUAACAAUGAAGGACAUUGAGAACAUCAUUAUCAAUGAAGAGGAGAGUUUAAAUGAAAACUCUGGCAACUGCCAAACAGAGUUUGAAGUGCACGCCCAGAAGCAGAACAGACAGACCUGUGUACGGAAGAGCCUUAUCUGCGCAUUUGCCAUGGCCUUUAUUAUAAGCGUGAUGUUGAUUGCGGCCAACCAGAUCCUGCGGAGCGGCAUGGAGUAG